GUAGGCUUUGGGGGUUGGGAUCUGGACCUUUCAGCCUCAAUUCAUUUUCGGCAUUCAAAAUCUAACAAACGGUAGCCUUGACAUCAUCUCGAUAAAUCUGAAUAUAUUCUGAAACCAAAACCCCAGAAACUACUUGAAGAUGUCCGAGCUAACGGAGGAGCAGAUAGCCGAGUUCAAGGAUGCCUUUGUGCAGUUCGAUAAGGACGGAACCGGGAAGAUAAACAGCCGUGAGUUGGGCACCUUGAUGCGCACCCUUGGCCAGAAUCCCUCGGAGGGCGAGCUGCAGGACCUGAUGGCCGAGGUCGAGAACAACAGCGAGGGGCUACUGGACUUCAGUGAGUUCUGUGCCAUCAUGGCCAAGCAGAUGCGCGAAACCGAUACCGAGGAGGAGAUGCGCGAGGCCUUUAAGAUCUUCGAUCGCGAUGGGGAUGGCUUUAUAUCGCCGGCUGAGCUCCGCUUUGUGAUGAUCAAUCUGGGAGAAAAGGUCACCGACGAGGAGAUCGACGAGAUGAUCCGCGAGGCCGAUUUCGAUGGCGACGGUAUGAUCAACUACGAGGAGUUCGUCUGGAUGAUCAGCCAGAAGUAGUAUGUUGGUUAUUGAUUCUACGAAAAUAAAUUACAUCGCAUAUGGGGUCACUGCAAAAAGUAGAGAAA